GGCGAGCGACGACUGCUGCUCUCAGUAGCAGUCUUGUCGACCACGGCAUGAACUCCGGAGCCUGCUUCGAGGCAAUUGCAGCAGAGUGAGUGCUUCAGCGAACACACUCUGUUGCAAUAGUAGUGUUAUUCCAAGUCUAAUGCCGUGGUUGUCACUGCGAAUCAGCAAAGUACCCAAGGAUCGGAUCGAGAGCGAGAAUUGGCUCUAUUUAGGAGCCAGAUUGGAGACCCGACUCCAGGCCCUUGUUUGUUCCUCACUCAAUUGAGCACUGAAGGUUUAUGGCUAUGGCCGUGAAUGUUGAACGGUUCGGGGACGAAGUGUUCUAAUCGCAUGAGCAGAAACUGGGCAUUGCCAGUAUUGGCAGGACUGGGGGAGGGGGCAAAGUCUGACCAUCCGUAUAAUCGUUGGCGAUGAAAGGACGUGGCUCGUUCUCGAUGGAAGUUUUCCAAGGCUUUUGAAGCAGCUCUCAGUUUCAGUUGAUGUCCAUCAGAUUUACAAUUAGUGUCAUACUCGAUGACGCAGCAUUGAUAUUUCAUGGUUGAGAUGCAAGCAGCUUUAAGCAGAAUGUCAGAGGACAGAAUUCAAUUGGUGAAGUUUGCUCCAAGCGUACAGCUGAACCUUCCUCUGUUGACUUUCACAGGAGGCGUGCAUGUUACGAUGUUCUAUUCUAUGUUGCAGAAGGUGGCAUCUUUGAACCUCAGGUUUUCCUUCUCUUCAAUUGAGGCUAAAGACUUCACGAAUUUUCUUAUAAACUUAAAUUAUGAUCUCCUUGAAGUCAACAUAGAGUGUCUAAAAUGACUCAAGCCUAAGUGAAAGCUACAUACUUCCAAUCGCUCGGGUUCACAUGGCUUUGGAAAUACCCCAUAAACAAACUGCAUCGUUCCACUACAUCUCAAACAAAUUUAGUAGGCUUAAAAAACUGAGAGAAUUACUUGAUG